GAUUCUACCUCUUUGUCAAGUUUCUCGAGCACGGCUUUUAGAAAAAGUGACAAUAAGUGUUGAAUUGUUUUGUUGUUAAUAAGAGAUUAGCAAACAGGCAGGCUCACCUUGGCAAUAGCCACCGCCAUUUUAGAAAUUCAGUUCAUCAUUGGAACAUAGAGAGGCCGGCUUUUUGAAAUUUGUAAUAUUUUUUGCGUUGGUUGAAGGGAUUUACAAAUUUACUGGCUAUUAAUUUUUUUCGACACUAUACUAUCAAAGUUUGGUCGUCUGUACAUAAUAUUUUUUAUAUCUUACGUUACCAGAAAAGAUGCAUGCUAUUGGACGUGUAGCAAUAUCCCGCCGAUUUGGAUACCAAAGAAGCAGUAAUCAAAAAUUAACACAGCGCAAGCCACAAAGCUUGAAGAGCUUAUAUCUGAAGCACGAAUGGAGAAGUUAUGCGACAGAUUCUAAAGAGGUGUGUAAAAGUGAAUUUUCUCUGAAGUGAUAUGAUAGCAAAGAACGGGCCGCGCGAUAUUUAGUGAUCUAGUGAUGCACCAAGUGAGGUUAGCUUGAAAGCAAAUAGAUAACGCAUAUGGAUGCAAAAAAAACAGAGUUAGCAAUACUAAACGUGGCGCAAGCCAAGGAUGUGAGCAAAUCAAAAAAAGGUCAAGAAUCCCUCGGGGCUUUUAGAGGGGAGGGUAUAGGGAAAUUUGACAUUGAAACUGCAUGAAGAAUGAAUGAAAGAAAAUAUAGGCAGGGGAAAGGGGUAGGGCCUGGCCGUCGAGGGGUUCAUGUAGCGUUGACACAUUCAGUUCUCGCCUAUGAAUUUUCGUGCAUAUGAGAAAUAUGUGAAAACUGGCUUAAAUUACAAAUUCGAGAAAUAUAUGCUAACGUAUACAGCACCUUUUUGUAUUCGAAUAUGAUAUGGAGAAUGUGUGCAGGUGACAGUACGUGAGGCCUUGAAUAUGGCGCUGGAUGAAGAGAUGGAAAGGGAUAGCCGAGUAGUGUUGAUGGGAGAAGAAGUGGGCCGAUACGAUGGUGCCUACAAGGUAUCGAAAGGCUUGUUUCAGAAAUAUGGCGAAGAGCGGGUGAUUGAUACACCUAUUACGGAAAGUGGUUUUACAGGCUUGGGAAUAGGCGCAGCAAUGGCAGGCCUGGUUCCAAUCAUAGAAUUCAUGACUUUCAACUUUUCAUUGCAAGCUAUUGAUCAUAUUGUGAACACAGCUGCGAAAUCCAGAUACAUGUCAGGUGGGCAGCUAUCGUGUCCUGUGACGUUCCGUGGUCCAAAUGGCCCUCCAAUGUCCGUUGGUGCACAACAUUCACAGUGUUUUGCUGCUUGGUAUGGAAGCAUACCGGGUUUGAAGGUAGUAAGCCCUUAUAGUGCAGAGGAUGCAAAAGGCUUGCUGAAGGCCGCUAUUCGUGAUCCCAAUCCCGUUGUGGUAUUAGAAAAUGAACGUAUGUACAAUCAAAAAUUCUGCGUUCAGCCAGAAGUUUUAUCCAAAGAUUUUGUAUUACCGAUCGGUAAAGCCAAGAUAGAGAGAAUGGGAAAAGACGUUACAGUGGUAUCUUUUGCUCGUUUGGUUGGACAAGCUCUCGAGGGAGCAGAACAACUUGCCAAAGAGGGUAUUGAGGUCGAGGUUAUUAACUUGAGGUCAAUUCGACCACUAGACAUAGAAACCGUUGUCAAAUCUGUUCAAAAGACAAAUCGACUAGUAACCGUAGACGAAGGAUUCCCUCAGUUUGGAGUUGGUGCUGAGAUCGCCGCAAGAGUGAUGGAAGAAGCGUUUGAUUUUCUGGAUGCGCCUGUCGAACGACUCUCGGUUGCAGACGUUCCAGCUCCUUACUCGUACAAAUUGGAAAUUUUACAUAUACCUCAGGUAACUCAUAUAAUUAAUGCUUGUAAGAGAGUUCUAUACGUAAAGUAAAUGCAGGCCUUCUUGUGUAGAAGGCCUGUGAUGAGACAGCAUUUGGACUGUAGUACUCUAAACUGGAUCAUUUAACAAUUUAUUUAAGCUGUAAUCAAACAAAAGCUAUAAUUUAAAAAUCUUGUACAAAAUUCAUG